AUGCAGGCAUUUGUCCCCAAGAAUAGACGACCUAGGUUCGAGCUCGUUUUAAGGAUCAUCGAUAUCAAUAAUGUCCCCUUGGGCAACAGCGUCGCUUUUGUGCGAUGGCGAUUGCCAUCGUCAAGUUCCACUGAACACCAAGGCCACACAGAAAAAGCAACUCUAUCAGAUCACCGCGCUUACUGGGGCUAUGAGAAAUCCCUCCAAGUAAGGCUUACAAUUGAUAGGACAUCAAUGCUACAGGAGUGCGACCUCAAUUUUGAGGUCUUACAAGAGUACACCUCGUCACCAAUGUCCGAAAAGUGCGUGCUAGGCAAAAUCAAACUCAAUCUUGCCGAAUACGUGGACAAAACUGAGGAAGAUGAAGGGAUCAUUCGGCGGUACCUGAUGCAUGAAAGCAAAGUGAAUAGUACUGUCAAGAUCGGGAUCGCGAUGCGCCAGCUAGAAGGAGACCGCAACUUCACGACACCACAGUUGAAAUCUGCCACUGUCUUUGGAGGAAUCGCCGGAGUUGUUCAAUCUACCGAACAGCCCGUCAACGCUGAUGAAUUUGGCCAGCUGCCGUCUAUUGACAUCAAGAGCCGUGAGAUUGCAGAUAUGCAAGACAUGUAUCGGCGCACUUUAGCAGCGUCGUGGUCUUCUAGAGCCUGUGAUCUACCUGCUGAUAAGUUGAUCGAAGAGUUGUUUGCUGGAAGUUCUUGCUGGAACAACGAUGAACACAAUGCCAAUGCUGGCAUCUCAGCGGGCGAUCACCGAGAUUCUCUAUUGAGCCCAGAGACAGCUCCUCGACAAAGCCGCUCCGGGAAAAAGCUGUCACCCAGUUUCGAGCGGCGACCCAAGAGUUCUUCCAGCAAUGGCUCACACAGUAGCAGCAAGACCCCAGACUCUCUUGCUGCGCUUGGACAUCAAAAAAAUGGUGGAAGCAUCGAGCAGCAAUUGUAUGAAGGGGCCAAGGGUCGGGCAUGGAAGGCGCCAGAUACAAACAAUGAGCUUUCCGAGUUCGAUGUAAGAGAGGACUUGCGCAGCUGGGAAGUUGCACCAAAAGAAUGA